CCCCUCCUCCGCAUCUGAGCUGGGGAGCGGACGGUCUGGGACUGAAUGGGCGCUAGCGAGGCGCAGGGGGCGGGCCGGGGCGCCGGGCCCAGGACUGGUGGCAGGCUGGCGCCCGCUCCCUAAUAUGCGGACGAAGGCGGAGGGCGGCGCGGAGCGGCGUCCCCUGCAGCCGCGGACCAAGGCGGCGGUGGCGGCGGCGGCACCUGCCGGUCGAGCAAUGCCAAGCGAGUACAACCGCGUGAAACUGAAAAGCGAUUGCUCGCGGCCCUCCCUGCAAUGGUACACCCGUGCUCAGAACAAGAUGAGAAGACCCAGCUUGUUGUUAAAAGACAUCCUCAAGUGUACAUUGCUUGUGUUUGGAGUGUGGAUCCUUUAUAUCCUCAAGUUAAAUUAUACUACUGAAGAAUGUGACACGAAAAAAAUGCAUUAUGUGGACCCCAACCGCAUAAAGAGAGCCCAGCAAUAUGCCCAGCAAGUCCUGCAGAAGGAAUGCCGGCCCCAGUUUGCCAAGAGGUCGAUGGUGCAGCUCUUCAGGCACAGGUACAGCUCGGACCUGCCACCUUUCGUGACGAAGGCCCCCACAGGGAGCGAGGCCGAGUACAAGUACGACCCUCCUUUCGGAUUCCGGAAGUUCUCCGAGAAAGUCCAGACCCUCUUGGAACUCUUGCCCGAGCAUGACUUUCCUGCACACUUGAAAGCCAAGAGCUGCAGGCGUUGUGUGGUCAUUGGAAGUGGUGGAAUCCUCCACGGACUAGAGCUGGGCCAGGCCCUGAACCAGUUCGAUGUUGUGAUAAGGUUAAACAGUGCACCGGUUGAAGGAUAUUCAGAGCAUGUUGGAAAUAAAACUACUAUAAGGAUGACUUAUCCAGAGGGUGCGCCACUGUCUGACCUUGAAUAUUAUUCCAAUGACUUGUUUGUUGCCGUUUUAUUUAAGAGUGUUGACUUCAACUGGCUUCAGGCGAUGGUCAAAAAUGAAACCCUGCCGUUUUGGGUGCGACUCUUCUUUUGGAAGCAGGUGGCGGAAAAAAUCCCAUUACAGCCAAAACAGUUCAGGAUUUUGAAUCCAGUUAUUAUCAAAGAGACUGCCUUUGACAUCCUUCAAUACUCAGAGCCUCAGUCAAGGUUCUGGGGCCGAGAUAAGAACGUCCCCACGAUUGGUGUCAUUGCCGUUGUCUUAGCCACGCAUCUGUGCGAUGAAGUCAGUUUGGCGGGCUUUGGCUAUGACCUCAGCCAACCCAGAACACCUUUGCACUACUUUGACAAUCUCUGUAUGGCUGCCAUGAACUUUCAGACCAUGCACAAUGUGACCACAGAGACCGGGUUCCUCCUGAAGCUGGUCAGAGAGGGCGUGGUGAGGGAUCUCAGCGGAGGCAUCCAUUGUGAAUUUUGAAACCAGAAAACCUCACUUGAAAAUGCAGUUCUGACCCGGAGGGCUGUUUUUCACAGCCUUCUUGAUGCGUCCUGCAAGAACUUUGAAGUGCAGCUGGUGUUUUUUAACUUUUAAUUUAAAAAACAAUACAAAAAGUUCCGCUCUUCCCACUUUUUUUCCCUAUUUAUUUGAAGCCAGUGUUUUUGCACAAAAUUUUGUAAGUUAAUUUUGAGAAUGGGAAAGACUUUCCAAAGAGAAUUGUAUGUAAUGAUGUUUUAUUGUAUUUUAAGAAAGUUAUUUAAUUUGUAAAAACUCUGUUCAUGUCUACUGCACAUAGAAUCCCAGGUCAUUAAGUGGAAGAAGGGAGGCGACUCCUUUGAUGACAGCCCUGAAUGCCUGAUUCUGGUGCUCUGUUAGUCUGUUUGGUGGGACAGAUGUCGGAAGCACUUCCAGGGUGACGUGCUGGGUAGCUAAACCACUGGGGCUGGUUGGGCCAUGCUGCUGCAUGAGGCCUGGGCCGGUCGGAGAAGUUCACCGUCCCUCUCCAUUGAUCUGCCUUCUGCAGGAAGACUUGUAGGAAUCAAGCAGGGAAGCUGUCCUGCAGGUCCCAGGUCAAGGAGGGACACAGAGACAUUUUCUGUGUCCUCCGAGUACUGCAAAGCUGCCCCAGGCGGUAGAAGCUACGGUCUUCCCCGCAAUUAGGACAACUCUUGGAUUUCUUGAGAGUUUUUAACUGCCCUUCCAAACACUUAAAUGUUAAUCCAGAUUAUUCCACUGUCUGUCUGAGGUGGCUUAUAAAAAUUAGGACAAAACCUGUGUUCUCCAGAGUCGUAGAGGAAUAAACUCUUUCCAGGAAUAGUCAUGUUUUCUGAAACACUGAAAUGAAGUCCUCCCAGUGUUAUAAAUUGCCUAUUUAAGAAAAAACGUUUUUUUUGAAUGCCUCCUUGGCAUUGUGUACCAGGCAGUGUGCUGGUCAAAACAAAAAAGAAUAAAAGCUUUUGAGGAACUCUUACGGUCUAGUUAAUUUGAGUGCUUUUUUUUUUUUUUCCAGAAAAUAAGUUUAUAAGUCUACCUAAAAUGUCCUUCUUGGAUGCCACUGCUAGGCAGGACCUCACUGCAGAUGCCCGUGAGGAGGGCUGGAGGAUGAAGGGGUCUCCUCCGCUGGCCGCUGCUGCUGCCCCUCCCGCAAUUCUAUUUCUCCCACAGCCCCGGUGCAGCUCUGACUCCCAGGCCAGGCCGAUGGCUCCCACAUCUGCCAGCUCCUCGGCAUAUGCGGGGCAAGGAGCCAGGUCAUAGCUCUGAAUGAGUCCCUUGGAUCUCCAGGGUUCUGGGGUCAAGCUCAGAGCAGCCUGCGUAGCAAAAUAGGAUUUCUCUGGUUUUAUGUCUUUUCUUAAAAUUUUCUAUGGAUUUUGCUUUCUACUCUGUAAGACACUGUUUAGGAAAAAAUGCUUUAAAAUUCCUACCUGUUAAAUGGUGAGACUUAGCUCUGAAUAUUGAGACUCAGGAAAAUGGUCCACAGCUGUCCUGUGAUUCAGGCGGGACCAGGCCUGCACCACACACCUCCACCCCCUCAUCCCUCAGGGGCUACUUAGAGAAGCCCAAAUGCUUAUUAAAAAAGACAAG